AUGUAUUUAUGCCUGUCUUUUUGCCUAUCUUUCCUGGAAGAUUAUAUACAAUUCUUGCCUCAAAUCACCAAGCCGCAGGUUAUUGGUCUGCAUGAGAAUGCCGCUAUCGGAUACUCAGCCCAAUUUGCUCGCGACCUCUGGAUCAGCCUAUUGGCUCUAAUGCCUGAGACCGAGACAGUGGAGGGUCAGCCAUCCGCUCAGAAGCUACAACAAGUGGCAGCAGCCAGUCAGCUAGAAGCUCAGCCUCAGACAACCACAGUUACGGCGACAACGACUACGACAGGUAUGACGGCCGGCACUGAAACCGACAACAGUGUUCACAGACCAGCGGCUGGGACUGAAACCGGGAUGCCCCAGCAGCAGAUGCAGAUCACAGCAGGGCAAGGAGUCGAAGAUGGCCCUGUAAUCCGUUCUCUGGCCACGCCCAGUGUCGUCGAUAGUCUGGAGCAAUUGAGCACUGAGAUGAGCUCUAAAAUAUCAGUAGAUAAUGGUAGGAGUAAGAUCACUUACAUUUGUAUAUUUGAGCUAUUGCAAGGUUUUGCAGAUUAA